GAUGAAAGCUUCGACAACUCGUCUGUUCCUAAAUUAUCCAACGUUCUCUUAGUUUCAUACAUAGGAAACUGCGUACUUAAUGUCUUUUUAUCAUUUACGGCGACUUUUGGAAACAUCGUGAUAGCAAUUUCUCUUCGAAAGAUAUCUUCGCUUCACGCUCCGUCUAAAGCAUUGUACUUUGGUCUAGCUCUCUCCGAUCUCGGCGUUGGUGUGAUUGGUCAUCCACUUUAUUUGGGUUAUCUUUUAACUGAGAUGAGUUCGAAUGGUCAAUCAAAACAAGACGGGGUAAUCCACGCUACUCAUAACAUUUUGUCCGUUUUGCUUUGUGCAAUUUCAUUGCUAACCAUGACAGCCAUAAGUAUGGACCGCCUUCUAGCACUGCGCUUAAAAUUCAGAUACCGAGAAACAGUAACACUUCGACGGGUAACUAUGGCUUUGAUAUUUUCAUACAUUUUAAGCGCAACUAUGUCAACAGCAUUCUUAUGGAAUUACCCUCUGUACCUAGGGGCAACUUACGGAGGGAUUUUUGUGUGCGCCCUUAUAUCCUCUGUGUGCUGUAUUUUGGUGUAUGUAUCCAUUCGGAAGCAGCGAACAAGGCAAGUCUUUCACUACACUGCUUCCAGGUUGCCUUCAUGUAUCCUUAAAAGAAACGCAGACGACAGCUCGUUCAAUAUGUUGACAUACCGGAAGUCGUUCGUUAGCGCGCUGUAUGUAUAUGCCUCUCUGUGUGUCUGUUAUCUCCCUUACGUUUGUUUGAAAAUCAUCGGCCGAUUCAGUGGAUGGAACGAUGAUGUUUCAGCGGCGUUUUAUUGGUGCGGGACUUUGGUUUUGUUCAAGUCUUCUUUAAAUCCUCUUCUAUAUUGUUGGAGAAUUCAAGGCAUUAGACAAGCUGCAAAAGAGACCGUCAGAAGACUGAUAUUUUGUUUCAAAUGA